AUGAAGCUGAUGGAAAGAGAGGGCAUGGUAUCAUUGGUGCUGUGGUUCAUUGUAGUGGUGCAUCUACUGAAAUUUAUCUAUGCUAACAUGGAAGGUGAUGCUUUGCAUAGCCUUAGGACGAACCUAGAAGAUCCAAACAAGGUGCUGCAGAGUUGGGACCCUACACUUGUCAACCCUUGUACAUGGUUCCAUGUUACAUGCAACAAUGAUAACAGUGUUAUAAGAGUUGAUCUGGGUAAUGCUGCUUUGUCAGGCCAAUUGGUACCACAGCUUGGUCAGCUGAAGAAUUUGCAGUAUUUGGAGCUCUACAGUAAUAAUAUAAGUGGUCCAAUCCCCAGUGAUCUUGGAAAUCUGACUAAUUUAGUGAGCUUGGAUCUGUACUUGAACAGUUUCACUGGUCCCAUUCCUGACACGUUGGGCAAGCUUUCUAAAUUACGUUUCCUCCGUCUAAAUAACAACAGCUUGACUGGCCUCAUCCCUUUGUCAUUGAUAAAUGUCUCAUCAUUACAAGUGCUGGAUCUAUCCAACAACCGUCUUUCAGGGGCAGUUCCUGAUAAUGGUUCCUUUUCUUUAUUCACGCCUAUCAGUUUUGCUAAUAACUUGGAUCUAUGCGGCCCAGUUACUGGACGGCCUUGCCCUGGAUCUCCUCCAUUCUCUCCACCCCCUCCUUUUGUUCCACCACCCCCAAUUUCUUUGCCGGGACAAAAUAGUGCAACUGGAGCCAUCGCGGGUGGGGUUGCUGCUGGUGCUGCUCUGCUCUUUGCUGCCCCAGCCAUUGUGUUUGCGUGGUGGCGUAGGAGAAAACCGAAGGAAUAUUUCUUUGAUGUACCUGCUGAAGAGGACCCUGAAGUCCAUCUGGGACAGCUAAAACGGUUCUCUCUCCGAGAGUUGCAAGUUGCCACAGAUACUUUUAGCAAUAAAAACAUUCUGGGCAGAGGCGGCUUCGGAAAAGUAUACAAAGGAAGGCUAGCUGAUGGUUCACUGGUUGCUGUAAAAAGGCUUAAGGAGGAGAGGACUCCUGGUGGGGAGCUUCAAUUUCAAACGGAAGUUGAGAUGAUCAGUAUGGCUGUGCAUCGUAAUCUCCUUAGACUGCGUGGCUUUUGUAUGACUCCAACUGAACGCCUUCUAGUUUAUCCAUAUAUGGCUAAUGGAAGUGUUGCAUCAUGUUUAAGAGAACGCCAACCAAAGGAGCCACCUCUUGAUUGGCCUACACGGAAACGAAUUGCUUUAGGAUCUGCACGAGGACUAUCUUAUUUGCAUGAUCAUUGUGACCCGAAGAUUAUUCACCGUGAUGUGAAAGCAGCAAAUAUAUUACUAGAUGAAGAGUUUGAGGCUGUAGUUGGGGAUUUCGGUUUGGCUAAACUUAUGGAUUACAAGGAUACCCAUGUUACUACUGCUGUACGUGGCACGAUCGGACAUAUAGCUCCAGAGUAUCUGUCCACAGGAAAAUCUUCAGAGAAAACUGACGUUUUUGGGUAUGGAAUUAUGCUUCUUGAGCUAAUAACUGGGCAGCGGGCAUUUGAUCUAGCUCGCCUCGCAAACGAUGACGACGUGAUGUUGCUUGAUUGGGUCAAAGGACUUCUCAAAGAAAAGAAAUUGGAAAUGCUAGUUGAUCCCGAUUUGCAGAACAAUUACGUGGAGGCAGAGGUAGAGCAGCUAAUCCAGGUUGCUCUGCUUUGCACUCAGAGCUCUCCUAUGGACAGGCCCAAGAUGUCGGAUGUGGUGAGAAUGUUAGAAGGUGAUGGUUUGGCUGAACGGUGGGAUGAGUGGCAGAAAGUUGAAGUUCUUCGCCAGGAAGUUGAACUUGCUCCACAUCCAAGUUCCGAUUGGAUAGUGGAUUCGACAGAAAAUUUACACGCAUUCGAGUUGUCAGGUCCAAGGUGA